GACAUGUGUAGUUUCAGGCCUCACUCUAUGUACCUGAUCUAGGGAAAUAUACGUAUAUAACAUACUGUAGCUUACAAACUACUUCGAACCAAUACAAACGGUAGACGACAGAGUUUGUUUACAAAGCAUUGGUCGGGUCCAUUCAGUCGUUAUCUGGAGCUGUAAACGAUUACAGAGACAGAGGAAUCCAUGGGCGUCAAUCAUACCACAUGUCUGUAACGCCAGACGUACACACCGUGGUCAAAGAAUAUGGAUGUCCAGCUAGCCUUGUGCGUGGCCUGGCUGUUGACCAUCAUACCAAAUCUCUCCCUCGCUUCAGUAUCACAGCCUGACCUAGAUUUCAUAUCGUCUAACCUUGAUAUCAAAGUCAAGGUUGAGGAUAAUCUCGAGUAUGAUGGCGGGAGACACAAAUUUGUCAUCACACUAAAAAACGCCGGAAACCAGCAUAUCAGGGGAGAUAACUGGACAAUAUACUUUUAUAGCUUUUUCAUGUUGGAGGGUGAACACCUCCCUCGCCCCGGAGGGUACGAAGUUCCAGGUCAAGGGGUCAGAUUACAUCAUGUGACCGGAUGUCUCUUCGGUAUGGCGCCUACAGCAACCUUUGCUAGCCUGAAUUCAAUGGAAACCAGAGAAGUUGUGUUUUUUGGCGACAAUUGGGCAGUAAGUAGGUCGGACGUACCCCCGAACUGGUACAUAGCAUCUGACGGGUUAGAAAGUAGACUUAUAAAUAGUACAGCAUUCGGAAGUCGCUUUGUUGAGGAUUUUACCUCCGUCAGACAGUGGAAGCGGUACAGAACAGAUCAGUAUAAUCCGUACACACCACGUGAUCGGACCACGAGGUACGGAGAGAACACGGCGGGACAGUCAACAAAGAAACAAUACAUCAUACCAACACCAAAACGUAUCACAGAAACCAGCAGCCAAUUUGUCAGCGUGCGAACCGGAACUUGGCAAAUACGGACCGGAAGUAAAGAAACUGCCCCAGAAGGAAAAUACCUGGGAGAUCUCAUUCAUUUGCCUUUUAACGACUCCAAUGUGAAAGUGAGAAACACAAUAUUUCUCGACCUUGACCCGACCCUGACUGUCUCCCCCGAAAGUUACGUACUGACCGUCAAUCGAGAUGAGGGGACCGUCGUUAUCCUGGCGAAUCACAAGGCUGGUCUCUUUUAUGGUGGUCAGUCAUUGGCCAGUCUUCUGGCUGGUAAUGACGACGAGCAGAUACCGGAAAUCACCAUCUCAGAUGAACCUCACUUUGAAUUUCGUGGAAUGUACAUUGAUCUUGCAAGAAACUUCCACGAUAAGAAUGACCUCAUGCGAUUAAUGACCGCUAUGGCAGCGUACAAACUGAACAAGUUACACCUCCAUCUUGCUGAUGACGAGGGUUGGAGAAUAGAAAUCCCAGGACUUCCGGAACUCACUCAGGUAGCUUCAAAUCGUUGUCAUGAUCCCAAUGAGGACCAAUGUCUAUGGCCUCAACUUGGCUCUGGUCCUCAUAACGUCACCUCAGGCUCAGGAUUUCUUACUAAGGAAGACUAUCUAGAAAUCGUGCGCUUUGCCAACGAGCGCCACAUAGAAGUGAUUCCGGAAGUAGAUACACCUGGACAUGCUCGCGCAGCUAUUAUCGCGAUGGAAAAACGAUUCCGGAACUUAGAGCCGAGUAACGUCACGGCUGCGUCUGAGUUCCGCCUUAUCGACCCGGAUGAUACAUCACGUUAUUUUUCAGUACAGAUGUUUUCAGACAACGCCAUUAACCCGUGUAUCAACUCCACGUACAGAUUUAUCGCCAAGGUUAUGGAUGAGAUACAAGAGAUGCACGUACAGGCCGGCCAGCCAUUGAACAUUUACCACUACGGCGGAGACGAAGUUCCGUUGGGUGCUUGGGUAAAUUCUACCGCUUGUAAGAAUAUCCUGUCGGUACUUCCGCCUAGUGAUGACUCCAAGUACCUUAAACUUUAUUUCCUUAACAAAACUUCAGAACUUGCAUUCAACCGUAACCUAUCAUUAUCAGGCUGGGAGGAUGGCUGGAUGGAUGGGGCGGGGAACCCAUUUCGUAGAAACAUGUUCCAGAACGGUGCCGUAAUGGCCAAUGCCUGGGACAACGUGUGGGAAUGGGGAGCUGCCAAACGGGCUUAUAGCCUAGCCAAUCAAGGUUACAAGGUGGUACUGUCCCACGUGACCCAUCUGUACUUCGACCACCCGUACGAACCUGACCCGGAAGAGAGAGGCCUGUACUGGGGCCCGAGGUUCACCGACACAUUCAAAACAUUUGGCUACGUAACUAGUGACAUGUUCAAAAACGUCGACGUGAAAAGAUCAGGGGAGAUAAUCACAAAAGCAGAAGUUUGUAAGCAGGACAACUCUGGAUGCCCACCGUUAAAAAGACCAGAAAAUAUCAUAGGUCUCCAAGGACAUUUAUGGUCCGAAACUGUGCUAUCCAGUCAACUGUUCGACUACAUGAUUUUUCCGCGACUUUUGGCUGUGGCGGAAAGAGGUUGGCACCGGGCAUCAUGGGAAGACAUUGAUGACGAGUCGGACCGGAGGUCAGCCAUUAUGGCCGACUGGAAAGUAUUUGCUGAAAGUCUCGGAACGAAGGAGCUCAGUCGUCUGGAUGCACAGGGCAUCCAAUACCGCGUUCCUCCACCGGGAGCUAGAAUUGAGAACGACAUUGUUUUCCCGACUGUAACUUUCCAAGGACUUUCGGUUGAGUACAAACGCAAUGACCAAUCAAACUGGAUGGUAUCGACUUCACAGGGUGUGCAUUUCAACAGAAGUGACAUAAUCUAUCUAAGAACCAGGUCAGCCAACGAUAGUAGGACGAGCAGAGUUGUGACAGUGAAGACAGAUCCGGUUCUCAAAGCCACAGACCAAACUGUUAUCGACUACAUAGCUGAAAAACUAGACGUCAAGGUUGAAGUAGUCGAUAAUCUACAAGACGAAUCUAUAGGUUCAAUGCGCAUGACUUUGACUAAUACUGGUGUGCUCUCCAUAGGUGCGUCAAGCUGGAACAUCUAUUUUGACAGUGUUCGACUUCUUCAACCAAACCAUUACCCCUACCCUGAAGGAAUAACGUUAACAGGGGUAGAUCUGAGACUAUACCACGUGAGCGGAAGUUUAUACCGAUUAAUUCCAGAAACUUCGUUCAAACCGUUUUUGCCAGGGCAGAAGUUGUCGUUCCUGUACCAGGCGAAGUAUUGGCAGGUGGCGCGCACAGACACCAUGCCGAACAUGUUCGUUGGGGGCGAAGGAAUGGCAAGCAAGGUCAUACAAUCAACACAGGGAGAGCAGCUACAGUUUGUUGGUGAUUUUACUACAAAGAAUCAAUGGAAAAGAUUCGUAUACGACCAGUAUGAUCCAUUUCUUGCCCGCACGAGACACACAAUAAACUCUGACGUCACAGAUAUGGGACAUGCUGGGAAACGUUUAAUCCCUACACCAGUUACUGAGUCGUUGACGGAUGGGACCAAACUGACUGUCACGGCUGACUGGGUCGUAGUAAACUCAAGCCACUUUCCGCAGGAAAGCGCGUGUCUAGCAGAUAUGUUCAACCUGUCGAUCACCAGCACCAGACCAUCUGCCAAGUAUAUUGAAUACCAGAAGGAGGCAGUGCUUGUCAGAAAUUCUGACAUCGUACACUCUGAAGCUUACAAAGUUGCGAUUGAUGCUGAAAAUGACGUCAUCAUAUUAACAGCCAAUCAAAAUGCAGGAGCAUUUUACGCAAUGAAAACACUUCAUGCACUGUCGAGCGCAAUUCAGACUGGAAGAGAACUUCCGAAUGGAACUGUGGAAGAUGGCCCUCGUUUCAAAUACAGAGGGAUGCAUCUGGAUGUUGGACGCAAUUUUCAUUCAAAAGCCGCAGUUAUAAAACUACUUGAUGUCAUGGCAACGUACAAAAUGAACAAAUUACAUUUUCACCUUUCUGAGGACGAGGGAUGGAGGCUCGAGAUACCGGGGUUACCCGAACUGACAGAUGUUGGCUCCAACCGGUGUCACGAUGAAGCCGAAGUCAAUUGUAUCGUACCACAACUGGGCUCAGGACCUAACAAAUCCACCUCCGGUUCUGGAUACUACAAUGUGUCUGACUAUAAGGAGAUACUUACAAGCGCCGCCGAGCGACAUAUCAUGGUCAUCCCGGAGUUUGAUAUGCCCGGACAUAUACGCGCAGCCAUUAAAAGUAUGGAGGCCCGUCGUUUGAAAUUUCCAACAAACGAAACUGCAGCGAAGGAAUAUAUUCUUACAGAAAUAGGUGAUCCGUCAGUGUAUCUCAGCGUUCAGAUGUUUACAGAUAACGCGAUGAAUCCCUGCCUCGAUUCAACUUUUAGAUUCACAGAAAAUGUGAUAACAGAAGUUAUUAAAAUGCACAAAGACAUCCAGCCGUUGCAGAUGUUUCACUUCGGCGGAGAUGAGGUAGCGAAAGGGGCGUGGUUAAACUCCUCCGCCUGUCAAUCAUUUAUGGCAAAUACCAAUGAUAUCAGUAGCCUGUCGGAUCUCCCAGAAUACUUCGCGAAAAGAGUAGCCAAUCAGGUGGCAGCACGGGGUAUUAACGUCGGUGCCUGGGAGGACGGUCUAAUGAAGAGUGCAAAUGACCCGUAUGACAGAGCCAUGCUGCCCAACAACAUCGAUGUGUACGGCUACGCGUGGGACAAUGUGUGGGAGUGGGGCGCGGCCGGGCGAGCCUACCAUUUGGCCAAUGAGGGCUACAAGGUGGUGCUGGCGCAUGCGACACAUCUAUAUUUUGAUCAUCCGUACGAACCUGACCCGGAGGAGCGAGGCUUUUACUGGGCUACACGUUACACGGACACGCGCAAGACGUUCGGCUACAUACCUGAUAACUUUUAUAUGAACGCAGAUGUCAAAAGGUCAGGGGAAAGCCUAACACAGGAGGAGAUAUGUGCGGGCCCAGUGUGUCCGACACUUACGAAACCAGAGAACAUCGAAGGUAUACAAGGACAGUUGUGGACGGAAACUGUUCGUACAGACGAACAAAUGGAUGAGAUGAUUUUCCCGCGCUUGUUGGCUCUCGCAGAAAGAGCAUGGCAUAAGGCACCGUGGGAGGACUUGGAGGAUAAAACAGCAAGAAACGCUGGACAGAAGACGGACUGGAUCGAGUUUGCAAAUACCCUAGGCUAUCGGGAGUUAUCUGUCCUUGACUCUAGGGGCGUUAAAUACCGGGUGCCGCCUCCAGGGGGCAUGUCUAAAGACGGACAUCUCGUGGUGAACUCUGCCUUCCCUGGUCUACUGAUAGAGGUCAGCACUGACAGUGGGAAAACAUGGAAGGAGGUCAAAAGAUCAACCACGGUCACGCCACGGUCAUCAAUUCUGUUACGAACAAAGUCGGCCGACUCCCAACGUACCAGUCGCGAGGUGUUCCUGACAGAUUUGUCAAUCCAGACAUCCGGGUCUACGAUUCCAUUCAUCAACGUCAUCAGUGUCUUAACUUGUAUCAUAGGCUGCGUACUGCAGACAUUUCUUUGAUUUGACCAACCUUUUGCGAUUUGCUGGGAUGUGAAAGUGUCGAAAACAUUGACAAACUUAUUGUGGUUUGUCGGGGGUGAAAGUGUCGAAAACAUUGACAAACUUAUUGCGGUUUGUCGGGGUGUGAAAGUGUCAAAAACACUGACAAACUUAUUGUGGUUUGUCGGGGGGUGAAAGUGUCGAAAACAUUGACAAACUUAUUGCGGUUUGUCGGGGUGUGAAAGUGUUGAAGGUUGUGACAACCUUUACGCGAUUUGUCGGAGUGUUAAAGUUUUAAAAACGACAAACUUAUUGCGGUUUGUCGGGGUGUGAAAGUGUUUAAAACAACGACAAACUUAUUGCGGUUUGUCGGGAUGUGAAAGUGUUAAAAACAACGAAAAACUGUGAAAGUGUUUUAAACAACGACAAACUAAUUGCGGUUUGUCGGGGUGUACUAGUGUGACGUGAAAUGUAGUUGAUUCUCGUUAACCCGAACACAGCGUGGACUGUCUAGGUUACCGAGUUUCACUUCUUGUUUUUGUAUGUAAUAUAUUUUAAACAGAUAUAUGAUAUACCUCUUCAUUGAUUUUAUAUUAUCGUCUAUUUUUGUACCUUCCAAUCAUCGAACAAAUGACUCUGUACAGAGGUUUUCUAUCACCAUAUCACCAAGUAAGGCUUGCCAACGUGUUAGUUAUAAUAUAUAUUGUAAAACAAUGAAUGCCAUCUAUUGAACCUACUAUUCGGGACUCUUCCUGAGUAUUUAUAUAUCUGUGUUCAGAAUACGAUUUGCAAUAUUUAUUAUAUACGGACUCUUGAACUUUCUACACAUUUUCUUCAUGUUGGUAAGUAUGGAUCAUACAAAAUUCUUUUUACGCAACCAAUGUUAGUUUCUAUGUGACGUUUCGAUGGCUAGUACGACAUAUACACUGUCGCCUUCAUCAGACAAAUUACCAGUGAAGCGUAUGAACACAAAGGUGUAAAAUGUGAACGAGUUGUCCACAAAAUCGAU